GCGACUCAGCAGUAAACCUCCAUGGCUGACCAGAAACCGCCGGAGGCUCCCAAGGACUCGAAGCCACAUCCCCCCGGCGUCGUCCUUGGUCCAGACGGAAAACCAUGUAAACCGUGCACGGCGUUCCGCAACUGGAGGCCCGUUGCGGCUGCCAAGGCCGCGAAGCAAGGGGCGGGCGCAGGAGCGGCGGCGGCGGCGGCGAGUGGUACGGCGGCGACCCUCGUCACCGCGGACCAACCGGACGCACCCCCUGCGCACUGUCCGCCGGACGUCGAGCAGCUUGGUCGCUCGACCUGGACGUUCCUGCACACCACCGCCGCGUAUUACCCGGACCGGCCCACUCCGCUCCAGCGCGCGAACAUGCUCAACCUGCUGCACUCGCUGCCCGUGCUCUACCCCUGCUCGCACUGUGCCUCGCAUCUAGGAGAGGAGUUGAAGGCGUACCCGCCGGACGUGAGCGGCCGGAUAGGCCUCAGUCGUUGGCUAUGCGACAGGCACAACGAGGUGAACGAGCGGUUGGGCAAGCCCAAGUUUGACUGUAGCAUCAAGAGCACGGACGAGAGGUGGAAGGACGGCCCGAGCGAUGGGAGCUGCGACUGAGCGAACGCUAUACAGUUAGACGUUGCAUCAUCACUCAACCAUAUUGUCAUAUCAUGUAGCAUUACGCACUAACUAACACACCUCUCGGAAUUUGCACAAUCACCUAUCACCUUGCAGGCGCCCUGCUCAGGCAACUUGGGCGGGGGCGAUGGGCAACAACUGACGACGCC